AUGUCUGCAACUUUCGACGUUUCUCCUGAGAAGGAGGGAAGUAUACUGAAUUACUUCUAUCGUCAACUUACCCAAACACCAGCCCAGGUUCGCGGGGUCGAUCUUAGUGGGAAAACGGCUAUCGUGACAGGAUCGAAUAUCGGGAUUGGUCGCGAGUGUGGCCGUCAACUUUUAGACUUGGGACUGACAAAACUUAUUCUCGCCGUCCGAAAUGUCUCCAAAGGCCAAGCUACAGCUGCUGAGCUAUCAGAGAGCAGGAACUUGGACCAGGGGACCAUCGAGGUCUGGGAGCUGGAUUAUGCCUCGUAUGACUCAAUUCGCUCCUUUGUAGAGCGAGCUAAAGGCCUCGAGCACCUACAUAUCGUGAUUCUCAACGCAGGUAUUAUGACAACAGAAGUGAAGAUUAAUCCGAACACAGGCCACGAGGAGACCAUACAAACCAACUAUCUAUCAACAGCUCUAUUGACCGUUUUACUCCUUCCGGUGAUUAAGUCAAAGGGGUUAACGGCACAACAACCAGGUCGUAUCACUAUUACAUCGUCUGAUACAGCUGCUUGGGCCAAAUUAGAUGAGAGCAAUCAAGAGCCCUUACUGCCUUCUUUUGAUAAACCCGGUAAAGUGGACAUGUUGAACCGCACUUUUGUAUCAAAACUAUUGGGACAACUAUUCUUGGUCGAACUAGCUAAGCAUGUACCUUCUUCUGUUGCCGUGAUCAAUACGGCAACACCAAUGAUGGUUUAUGAUUCAGGAAUCAGUCGCGAUACGUCUCGCUCACUCCAGGGGAAAAUCGCAGAGGUCUUCCGGCGACGAAUUGGUUAUACUUCAGCAGUCGGUGCUCGUAUGAUAGUUGAUGCUGCUGUGAAGCAUGGCGAAGAAACACACGGGCAGUAUCUUGGACUUCAGGAGUUAAAACCGAUGGCACCGAUUGUCUACACACCCAAGGGUGAACAGUUACGGAAUAUCUUAUGGAAGGAAACACUUCAAGAGUUUUCAUUUGCUGGGGUUAAAGACAUUCUCAAAGAGAUUAGUAGUGGGUAG